GAUAAUCGCAACUAACCGAUCCUUCUGCGUUUUCUACUCCAUGGCAUGUGCACGGCAACGAAAUCUUCUUUAUACUUCUUAAUAGUCAAUGCAAGACCUGCAGCAUGCGCUUGCGACUUGUGAUUAUCCGCCACGGCCUGCCGGCGGCUCGUAUCCUGUGGACUGUUCCUCUCGGGCAGGGCUCACACCCUGUAUCCUCAUCUGAGCUCACGUCAAAUAUAACGCCGAAUGCUGCAUACGGACAAGGCACCUGCACGAUUGCGCAGUUACUGGAGGAUGUGAAUGAAGUUGUGCCACUCGAGACUGCGGCGGGUGAGCUGGGGGAAAACGACGAGUUUGGUGGUCAGUGGGGACUGGAGGAUUAUGUCGUUGAAGUGAAUCACUUUGAGUGCCUUCAUUUUAUGGAUAUUGGCGGACUGCUGCGGGAUGGUGAUGAAGUUGUGAUUCGUGCUCUGGGGCUGUCUGAUUUACGUGCUAGGAGACUUUCCGGUCGAGUUCAGAUAUCGUCGGAUGGCAGGCGAUUGAUUGAUGGAGUCUCAUUCGGUAGACCAUUCUUGAAACGAUCCUUCUCGUCUAGACCACCAAUCAGAAUUCCUCCUAGGAAGCGUAGGAGGACUACUUUCGCAGGCUGGGCUGGAAAUGCGCAACAGGAUGAUUAUGAUGAAGAAGUUGAUACAACACAAGGUGUAAUUGGCAACGAGUUGACAGUAUACGAAGAUGUCUCCGAACAGGGAACCGUUAUCAGACACUCGCCGAAGCUGUACGAUGAUGCCAACGACUCUGAGAAUGACGACGACUCUUCUUCCAGCGUAGACUACAGUGAAGACGAGGAUCUAGCUGAGGAAUUAAAAGUCUUGAGAGAUGAAGCAGACGAAAAUUCGCCCCCUGACCAAAUUGACACUGAAAGUCCUCGUAUGACUCGCAGUUCUGGCCGUGUUUCUAGGAUGACGUAUCGACUCCCCAUUCCAACAAGCAGUCCUGAACGUCCAUCGGAAGCCACGCCAUCCCGUUUCACUAACAGUACUGCCGGAGUGGAACCUUCGCCAAAAUCAACAAAAAGCGUACGUUUUGGAUUAGUGAAUAUAAAAGAUUCCGCCCGCACGGAUGAUUUGCUUCCCCCGGAUAGUGAAGACGAGUCAUAUGAGUCAGAUGAUGAGUCGGUAGCAGAGUCCUCCUCCUCAGAAACGAGCAAUGUGGACAGCUCUGUUGAGAACACUCAGGACGACGCAUUAAGCAACAUGGAGGCAGACUCUAGUGACUCUAGUACCAGCGACGAGUCUUCAGUCUCCGAAGAGACUGAUUCGGAAUCGGAGUCGGAGUCUGACAGCCCCUCAUUGAUGGAAGAGCCCGAGCAAACGGUGGUGUACACUGCGCCAGGCAGGGGCUCCACCAAGACCAAGAACAGCAAUCGGCGAAAGAAGCUUCGAACGAGAUUAAAAAAGCUAAAGGAACUCGGCCACUUACCUGCAGAGGCUAAUUUCGAAGACUUGCAGAAAUGGGAGCUUGAUCAUGGCAAAAUACCACUCAUGGAGGUAACAGAUCUGGAGAAACCACGCAGCUCUCAGGCUCGGCAGGAGCAGUCCGAGUUUGAAAAAAGAAGACAGCAGUUACUUCGAGAUCUUGCAUCGGGUGGGAUCGAUGUGGAUGCUCAUUCGGAGAAAGAAAAUAUUCCGCCGAAAUCUAAGAAUGGGAGAGAUUCUACCACCAACACACCAAAGCAGGUGGAAGCGGGAGGGCCAGCUGAUAAGUCUGUGGAAAUGGUUGAUGCGUCUAUUGUUGACGAGGGGGACGAAGAGGGCGAACCUAGUCCUUCAUCAAACAAGAGGCGAAAACUUGAUAUCUCCAGUACAAAGCGUCUUCUUUUUGGUUCUCUAGGUGUGCGAACUCCCAAAACUAAGGAAGAUGAGGAAAGAACCCGUAACAAGCUGGCAGGGCCAAGGAAGGAAAUCCAGGAAUCUAAUGGCAAGAAACCAACCGUCCUAGAAGAGGGGAUUGAAAGCGACCACGAGGACAAUUGGCAGUCGAAAGUGAUUUUGGCAGCAACUGAGUGCAUCUUUAAUGAUGUCGAACUUAUACCUCCUCCAUUCCCUUUCCAGCAGCGCUGGGAUGCCGAUGCGGUCUCCACCAUUCGUCAGCUCAAAGGUUCGAAAAACAAACGGAGCAAGAAAAAGAGGAAAUCGCAGGAUUAUCAUGAAGAAGAGUAUUAUGAGGAGUACUAUGACGAUGCAGGAUAUUUGGGCGAUGCUACUGAGGACUAUGCGAAUGGUGAUAUUACUCUGAAUUACGACGACGAGCCAUCAACCUUACACGAGCAUACUAUGGAGACGUACACCAAUGGAGAAGAUGUGGGCGAUCUGCCUCAGCUUCCAGAAGACCUGAAUUCCGUGCCAAACCUGUCCCAGGGCGAAGCUGUGGCCGGUGCCAUCAUAGCUUUCAUGCAGUUAGAUAUGUCUAAGGCCACGAACUGGCAGCCUCGGGUAUCUGGAUAUCGAGUGGGUAGGAUUGACUUUGUGCUAGGAGACGGCAGUUUGAGUAUUCAACUCGCGAAGCGAGACCGAGAAAAGCGAGAGACGGUUAUCGACGAGGAUGGCGUCCGCGAAUAUUCUGGGUUUGAAAUGCCUGACGAUGAGGAAGAACAAGCAGUCGAGGACGAUGGUUUCCGCAGCUUAUCUUUUGAUGAGUUGCUCGAACCGAAACUUCUCCAACCGGCGAAUCAGGAAAAGGCGGCCUCUGUUGUCGAUGGAAGUCAGGAACCUAGUCUGUCAGUUGGCAAAUUUCCUUUCUCCUCGUCUUCUUUGUGAGGACGUCUAAAUGCAGCUACCCUUGCUUUCCAUCUCACAAACAAUGUAAUAUCUUGUUAAACUUACAAUAUCAAAAUGUUAAUAGACAUAAUGCCACAAAUUUCGGACGCAGUAAUGCAUCUGCAGACGAUUCCUUCCAUUCUGUAGAAGCUGAGCUGCCUACCGUCUCGUCUCAAGCUCGUCUCGAGAUUUCGCAGAUCAUUCGCGACGCCGGGUUUCGGUCAACAAUCGAUUCAGAUGUCUGUAUUCCCGUGCUGGAAAAUGGCGUGGUUGAUGAAGUAGGGGAACAGUAUGAGGGAAGCCUUGUUGUGCAAUCUUCGCC